GGGGUUCUGAAAACAGGAGCACAUAUAACAGUCUGGGUUGUUCUGCGUUUAUGCAUUAGUAUACUGUGUAGAACGCCAUGGAACAAGGUCACGUGACUUUUACUUUCAAACGGAACGGAUGUACGCGCUGGUAAUGUCGGGAUUUUGAGUAUUGACACACACUAGGGGGGAGAGAGAGUUACGAGCCUUAUUAGACAUAAACUGCGCCCCCCCUCCAGGCUGCGGCGGGGGAGCUCACCCCCCAUGAAUGGAUCUCGCGUCUCACCGAUCCAUUCCUCUCAGAAAACCGGUUCGAGCGGGGGGGCGAGGAGCAUGUGACACACGGGUUCAGCAUGUCUCACUGACAGGAGGAGAAGGCGCCUCUUCCUCACUCCUCCUCCUCCUCCUCGCUCCUCUGGAUCCAUGACUGGACCCACCCCCCCGAGCCGGACCGGGACCUCCCCGGCCAAGUUGAGCAGACACGGUCGGUCCAGGAGCUCCGGCUCCCUGUACCUCCUCCGCUGCAGCAGACAGGAGGCGUCCUCCUCCUCCCCCCCCUACCAGAGCCCCCAGUCUCCAGGGGAGGAGGAGGACGGGAAGGACGGGGGGGUCCAGUUCUACGUCAACCGCAGCGGCUUCCCCAUCGACAGUUCCACCUGGGACCGGAUGUGGACCCACGUGGCGGCGCUGCACCCCGAAGGUCAGGAGAUGGUGACCCGGAUCCGGAACGCCUCGUACCUCCCCAAACAUCCGGUUCCUGCCGUCCCGACGUUCCGAGCGUCCAUGUCGGUGUCUGACUGGCUGCUGACGGUCCAGAAGUACAUGAAGGCUCUGCAAUACAACCACACCGGGACGCAGUUCUUUGAGAUCAAGAAGAGCCGGCCGCUGUGUGGGCUGAUGGAGACGGCGAGGGAGAUGAUCCGAGAGUCUCUGCCAAUCAAAUGUCUGGAGGCUGUGAUCCUGGGGAUCAGCUACCUGACCAAUGGGAUGACCUCUCUGGAGCGCUUCCCCAUCAGCUUUAAGACCCACUUCUCGGGUCACUGCUUCCACCACGUGGUUCUGGGCGUGUACUGCAACGGCCGCUACGGGUCGCUGGGCAUGAGCCGGCGCCAGGACCUGAUGGACAAGCCGCUGACCCACCGGACCCUGGGAGACCUGGUGGCCGAGUUCGAGAGCUCCUAUCAGAAAUACCAGCACACUCUGGCUAAGGUGAAGAUCGGCCUGUACGUGCCUCACGACCCCCACGUCUUCCAGCCAAUCGAGUGGAAGUAUUUGGUGCUAAACGCCUCCCGGCUCGGAGCCGAAGACAUGAAGAAGGAGCUGGAGAAACACGGUCGGGACAUGAAGAUGAAGAUCCUCAAGUCCUCAAGUGCCCAGUCUCCCAUCAAGGAGCGCAGCAGAGGGAAGUCCCUGUCGCCACGGCGACGGCAGGGCAGCGCCCAGCAGCUGUUGGUGCGGCGCAGAGACAAAUCGUCCUCAGUGGAGAGGAGACCAGCAGAGCUCAGCACCCUCAGCGAUGGCUACCAGAUCCGCAUCUGAGCGUGUGCAGACGCCGGCGGGGGGGUCUGGACCUGGAUCAGCUGAUGUCUAAAGCGGAGGGGGUGCGGAAGGACUUGGACUUGGUCUGUUCCAGUCCACCGUGUCUGGUCUGCAGGUCUUAAAGCUGCCAGCUUGCUUUGAUUUUUCAAAAUCCAGGCCAAAAAUAAAGUCUCAGCUCAGGAAUUCCUGCUGAAAAUCCAGAACUUCAUUUGAGUCUGGGGGGGGCCGUCCGGUCCCUGAAGGACUGGAGCUGGAGGUCCGUGUGUCCAGUCAGGUCCAGUCAGGCCCAGCCAGGUCCAGCCAGGUCCAGUCAGGCCCAGUCAGGUCCAGUCAGGUCCAGUCAGGCCCGCGUGGAAAUGAGUUUUAUCUGCAUGUUUUGGUUUUUCUCUGAAAUAUUCCUGAAGACAGACGUGUCCUCGUGUUCGUGCACGCCUCACGUGCACGGCUGUGUGAAAGCGGAUGCACAAAUGUCCCGUGUGGACGGCGCCAGGACCCCUGGAAACAUGUGACCCCCCCUGAGUGUUUUCAUCUGCAGAUGUAGCCACAUGUGAUGUUUGAAUAAAAAUCAAGACUUUUUAUUCUC